AUGCUCUGGCCGCUGACGGUGCUCCCAAUCCGCGGCAUCCUCAUAGAGAUUACAGGGGAUGACACGAAGGAGGGCCAUUGCCUCGAGCGCGCCAUGUUGAGGCAGUGGCGCGCGCUCUGGCGCGUGAGGACCCUGAACGAGACCGAUGCCCACAUCCCCGUCAUCGCCGUCCAGGCAGGCUGUGGCUUCGGCGUCUCGGGCACCAGCAGCCACAGGAGGGAGGCGUGCGAGGCGCUCCUGCAGGAGAAGCGCGUCGCGAUUCGGAGGAAGGAAACCACGCAAACACAAACGUUCGGAGCUCCGCGCGAGUUUCUAGGAUCGGCGCAGGACACCUCCCUUCCUGGCGCGCCUCAGCGCGCCUGGGGCGGCGCCGGAGGCGACACCAGGGGUGCCCAGCGCGGACCCGAUAAGUCCGCGUGGACCUCUGAACGUUUAUGCCCGUGCAGUCGUCUCUUCCUCCAGCGAUGGCCGUGA